AUGACGGAGGAGGAGGAGAAGACGGUGCGGCGACGAGCGAUCGUCGGCGCGGCGCUGACGGCGGCGUUCGUGGGGCUGAGUCAGAUCUCGAUCGAGAGCCCGGAGCCGGUGAAACCGUUGUUCUUUUAUUUGGUGCCCGUGGUGCGGAGUCGGGAGUUGCUGCGCAGGGCGGCGACGUUGGCGGAGGACGGCGCGUGGGACGAGUUGAACUCGACGGUGAGUCGCGUCGUGGGACCGCCGAACAACGUGAAGGAUAAUCUAUUCAAAGCCGCGGCGUACUUGAGCGGGAGUAAAGAGCAAAAGGCGCGCGAGAUCGCGUUCGAUUUCUUGGAGUACAUGGAAAAGGUCAACUACUCGAAGUAUUUCGAGAACAUGGGCGCCGUCGGAGGCGGCAAAGCCGCCGAGUACGCCAAGUUUUCGAGCAAGGCGAGCAAGAGCGCGAUCGGGAAGUUGGACGAAUUCUUGGCGCUCAUGGACCGCGAAGCCGUGCAAGCGGCGGAAUCACAAGUCAUGGCGUUCGAGGCCGAGUUCACGAAAUCGGCGCCCGAGACGCAAGACGCGGAGGAACCCGCAAUGUAA